AUAUAAUGGAGCGCCGGCCGUCGGCGGCGGCAGUUGACGGCGAGUCAGUCGGUGGCGGUGGAUCGCGGGUGUACGAGGCGGACAGAGAGCAGCACCAUGGCAGGCUGGGGAUACGGCUCGAAGAACGGUCCGCACGCCUGGAGCAAACAGUUCCCGGUGGGUGACGGCCAGCGGCAGUCGCCAAUUGACAUCAUCACCGCGCAGACCAAGCCAGACGAGGCGCUGGAGGCCAGCCCGCUGGAGAUCAGCUACGACCCCAAGGACGAACAGGUCAUCGGUAACACUGGUCACGGCUGGAAGGUGGACUACACGAGCGGCACCUCCUCGAUCCGCGGCGGCCCGCUGGAGGGCGAGUAUGCUCUGGCGCAGUACCACUGCCACUGGGGCCGAGAGGAGGACCGCGGCUCCGAGCACACCAUCGACGGAAAACGGUACGCCGCAGAGCUGCACCUUGUGCACUACAACAAGAAGUAUGGCAGCUUCGCGGCGGCAGCUGACAAAAGCGACGGCUUGGCCGUCAUAGGCAUUUUCCUCAAGGUUGGAAAGGAGAACAAGGAGCUGCUCAAGGUGACGAACGCCAUGAAGGACAUCAAGUACAACGGCAGCAAGACCAAGAUCGAGCCCACCGACCCUGACAACUUCAUGCCUGAGACGGCCCGCCCUCCCGGUGGCAGCGGUGACCUCUCUGUCCACGGGCGGGCUCCGACCAGCUCCGACACUCGCGUCUAUUGGACGUACGAGGGCUCGCUCACCACGCCGCCGCUGUACGAGAGCGUCACCUGGAUCGUGUUCGCCGACCCCACGGAAAUAUCCAAGGAACAGCUGGCUGAGUUCCGGCACCUGAAGCGGCACGCCAACGACGACGAGAAGGGCGAGGACAGCGACGACGACGACGGCAUCAUCGCCGACAACUACCGGCCGCCGAUGCCGACCGGCGAGCGCGCCGUGCGCAGCUGCAACGCGCCCGUCAAGUUUGUCAAGAAGCAGUGAGGGCCGCGCGCCGAGCGUCGUCCCGUGGCCGUCUCCGGCGCGGGGCGGUCCGCGCUAGACACCGCGCCGCUCAGCCCACCCGCGGCCGGCUGUCCAGAGACUGCCGGAGACCCGGCUCAUCGCUCACCGCACUGGUGGAGACAUGCGCUUCCUGUUAGAGGCUCCCAGCGGGGCCAGCCUUAGCUACAUCAGUAGUGUUUGUCUAGGACAAUCCAGAGAUAUAUCGCAUCGUUGCGCGUAGAGAGUUGUUGAGCCGAAUUAGUUUUGUACUCGAUGUUGAUUGUUUCUGUGAGCGGCCGUCCGUGCCGACGGUUUACCGUGGCGUCGAUAUGUCGCUGUCUGACUCUGUGGACUGUGCCGCCGGUGUACGGUUUUGGUCGGGGAUUUAGCCCCGACUGGCAGGCCGUAGUGCGGUAGUGCAAUCAGCACGGCGGGGUCGCACAAGGGUCAGGUCCCAGACACUGCAAUACACCAGUGAAUAUACUAA